AUGAACUAUAUCACAAGUAAAAGUUUCUUUGCCCUUCUUCUUUUGUCAUUUUUCUUUGUGGAAACAAUACUACAUGUUCAUGGUGAUGGGGAGCCUUAUGAUGUUCAUAUAGUUAAUCGUUUGCCCGAUAAAUUAAGGGCACAUUGUUUUUCUGCAGAUGAUGAUUUGGGAUUUCGCACCCUGGAUUUAUCUGAAGACUGGAAUUGGCAUUUCAGAAUGGCACUUUUCGAAAGAACAGCAUUUUACUGUCAUUUUUGGUGGUUUGCCAAACAAGGCGGUUUUGCUGUUUUUGAUAGCAAGAUUUCUGAUUACUGCGGCCACUCCAGCACUAAUGAAUGCAAUUGGGAAGUCAGGGAAGAUGGUUUCUACCUUUUUGAUAGAACAGCUCAAUCUCCAAAAUUCUUUAAAGCGAAUGAUUGGUAUUGA